AUGGUCUCCAACCGCCAGAUCCUGCGCGAUGAGAUCCGGUCGCGAGGGGCCAAGCUGAGUGCCGCCGACCGCGAAAAGCUGAUCCGACCAUAUCUACCCGAUCCCUCCGAGCUCUCAGACUCCAAAGCCAGGCCGUCGACUUCCACUUCCUACGCCUCCCGGCGACAGAAGACGCCGCGCAAGAAGCCCAUCCGCACAUUCCUCAAGUCGCAGCUGUACCAGCUCUCCUAUGCUCUCACGCACAUCAUCUUCGGCCUCGUCGUGCGAGUAAUCCAAGCCUACCAUGCCGUCGUGGACCGCGUCUUCGCCGUCGUCUACCACCACCACCGCACCCCCGAGCUCAUUCGCAAGGAUGUCCGCGGACUGAAACGUCUCCCACAGCACCUGAGUGUCAUACUGACCCUGCGCACGGAGGAAGAUGCGCUGGCUGUCUUGAUGGAUGAGGUGGCCGAGUUGGCGGCUUGGAGUGCCUGCGCGGGCAUUCCCCAACUAAGAGCCCUCAAAUCCUGUAUACCCGCCUUACACCAGAUCAUGACCACCAAACUAGCCUCAUACUACGGCUCGCCGUCACAGCAACCAAGCCUACAACUCUUCGCACCCCACCACCCGGUGCAUGGCAGUGCACCAAGUCCCAAAUCUGACAAAGCAUCCCUCACGCUCCUCCUCCUCUCCUCCACCGACGGCCGCGAGACCUUUGUUGACCUGACCAAAACCCUGGCCGAGAUGUCGCAGAACGGCAAGCUAUCACCCCAGGACAUCACGCCCGAACUGGUCGAUGCGGAGAUUAGCGAGAUCACGACUCAGCCAUUACAAUCUGACUCGGCACAGAGCAGUGCCUUGUCCUUCAACCCCGAGCCGGAUCUCCUCCUGGUGUUUGGGAAUUUCCUGAAACUGGACGGGUACCCACCCUGGCAGAUUCGGCUGACGGAGAUGUAUUGCACCGGUGAUCGCAGUUAUGGUACGACUGGUUAUGGGGAGGCGGUGGAGUAUCAAGGGUUCAUGCGCGGAUUAUGGCAUUUUGCCGGCGCGCAAAUGCGAUUUGGCCGGUGA